AUGCAAUAUGAAGUUAAAUCACUAUCCCUUGCAGAAAUUCUCAAGGAAAGCAAAACCCCACAAAUAAAAUUCCAUGUUGGAGAAAAUUUACUAACUCCCCCCCCUCCGUGAGUGAACAAAACCAUUAGAAAAAUCGCUAUUUGCCCAAAAACCCACCCUCCGUGAGUGAACAAAAAUUGUUUUAAUACAAAAAUUUUUUAUGGAAACAAAUUUUGAUAUAUAAAUGAUAAUUAA